AACGGCAUUAGCAAAAUCGGGAUUACCUUCACACACAACUUUGGGCCGAAACCCAAAAUGAUCGGUUUCCUUUUACUGAAGAAUCAAAUGGUGGUUGCAGAUAGAAUCUUUUUAAACCUGGAAAUGUGUUUUCCCAACAUGGCAACGUUGACGUUUUCAAGCUCGGAGUCCCUCCCAAAAGGUGAAGUCGACCUCCUCAUUGCCUCCUCUGCCAAGUCUUUGUGUGCACUACGUGCCGUAGAUAAAAGCGUCCAGAUCGGUUUUGAAGAUAAGGAAUUAACCAAUGAAAUGGUCUUCAGUUUGUUUCCGUACUCGGUCAGAGGAGGAUAUCCUGAGGGUGUUAAGGAGAACUCAAUCGUUAAAUGUUGGUGGUGGUGGUGGUAUCAAUCCUCUAGUAACCUUGUGGAUGUACUCGACUUAUUUCAGGAUGUUGGUUUGAAGGUCCUGACAAAUUUGCAAAUCAAGAGGCCUCCGCCAACUUGUCCACCGUUUUUAGCAGAAAAAAACGUAGGUGUGUAA